AUGUAUAUGCGCUGUGGACGUGGUAUUGUACAUUUGGGAAGCUCUAAAGAAAAGAACAAGACAGUGGUGGCUAUGGCUAGAAAGUACAGUAGUGAAUCUAGUGAAGAUGAUGUGAGGGGUGAGAGAGAUAAAUAUAGAAGUAGAAUCGAUUCUAGGUCAAACAAUCUUCAUGAACCUGGUGAUGAAAUUGAUUCAUCAGAUUCUGAUGGAGGAAAUAGAACAAAACGACAGGAGAGACGGGAUGGACAUCGUAGUGAUGAUAUGGACAACGAAAGGUCCAGCAAGAGGGAUCUUGAAGACAAAGGUGGAAGGUGGCUGGAUGAUCGUCAAGAUAGGAAGGGAUCUGGAGAAAGUUCUGAUGAAGAUGGAGAGCUGAAAGAGAAAGACUGGGAUACUCAACCGAAGGAAAGAAAGCAUGAUAAUGGCCAUAGAAGACGUGAAAAUGGGAAGGGUGAUAGCGUGAGAGAAUCUUUUAGAAGUUCUGAAGAAGAUGACGAGCAAGUGAGGAAGCACCGACAUGAAAGGGAAAGGGAGAAACCUCGCCGGCAUGAGAGUGGGCAUAGAAGGCCGGAGACCAAGGAUGGUCAUAGAUAUAGGAGCCGACAUUCACGUCACUAUUCAGACCACAAGGAUGAAAGGGAAGAGCACAGAACAUUAGAACAGAAAAAGGAUAAAAGAGAUGAUGAUCAGAGAAGGAGGUACAGAAACCAGGAUGAUGAUGGAGAUCUAAAGUAUCGUAGAUAUAACGAGGUAAAAGAAAGACGAGAAGACAGUCGAAGUCUGAGGCAAAAUGAUGAGCGAGAUAGCAGGAUGCUUGAAAAUUCAAAACCUCAAGGACAGUCAAAGUUGCAAGAAGGCAACAUGAGUACUGAUGUUUCAAAUUUGGGAAAAAGUGGUGGAGUUUACAUCCCCCCAUUUAAGUUGGCCCGGAUGAUGAAAGACGUUGAAGAUAAAAGUAGUGUUCAGUAUCAGAGAUUGACAUGGGAUGCCCUCCGAAAGAGUAUCAAUGGCCUUGUGAACAAGGUCAACGCUGCGAAUAUAAAAAAUAUAAUUCCUGAAAUUUUUGCAGAGAAUCUGAUUCGUGGAAGGGGUCUCUUUUGCCGUUCAUGCAUGAAAUCACAGAUGGCAUCUCCAGGUUUCACUGAUGUGUUUGCAGCAUUGGUUGCUGUUGUCAACACAAAGUUUCCUGAGGUUGGUGAACUUCUGUUGAGAAGAAUUGUCUUACAGCUUAAGAGGGCAUUUAAACGGAAUGACAAGCCACAACUACUAGCUGCCGUUAAAUUUAUAGCACAUCUAGUCAACCAGCAAGUGGCUCAUGAGAUUAUUGCCUUAGAAUUGCUGACCGUUUUGCUGGAGAACCCCACCGAUGACAGUGUUGAAGUAGCUGUUGGCUUUGUCACCGAGUGUGGAUCAAUACUGCAGGACCUUUCACCUAAAGGGCUCCAUGGCAUCUUUGAGCGCUUUCGUGGAAUUCUUCAUGAGGGAGAAAUAGACAAAAGAGUGCAAUAUUUGAUUGAAAACUUGUUUGCAACACGAAAAGCAAAGUUUCAGGGGCACCCAGCUGUUCGUCCAGAACUGGACCUUGUGGAGCAGGAAGACCAGUUGACACAUGAACUUUCUCUUGAAGAGGAGAUAGAUCCAGAAAUUACCCUUGAUAUUUUCAAGCCCGAUCCUGAUUUCCUUGAGAAUGAGAAGCGCUAUGAAGAAUUGAAGAAAACCAUACUUGGUGAGGAGUCUGAAGAUGAAGAAGGUUCUGAUGCAGUUUCAGAUGGCGAGGAUGAUGACGAGGACGAUGAUGAUGAAGAAUCUGAGGAAGAGGAUGAGCAGCAGAUGCAAAUAAGAGAUGAGACAGAGACAAAUCUUGUAAAUCUUCGAAGAACAAUCUAUCUUACAAUCAUGUCCAGUGUAGAUUUUGAGGAGGCGGGUCAUAAGCUCCUGAAGAUUAAACUUGAGCCUGGUCAAGAGAUGGAACUAUGUGUCAUGCUUUUGGAAUGUUGCAGUCAGGAGAGAACCUACCUCCGUUAUUAUGGUCUGUUGGGGCAGAGGUUCUGUAUGAUCAACAAAGUCCACCAGGAAAAUUUUGAGAAAUGCUUUGUCCAGCAGUAUUCCAUGAUCCACCGGCUUGAAACAAAUAAGCUACGUAAUGUUGCGAAGUUUUUCGCCCAUUUACUCGGCACAGAUGCCCUUCCCUGGCACGUGUUAGCCUAUAUACGAUUGACGGAAGAAGACACUACUUCAUCUUCUCGUAUUUUUAUCAAGAUCCUUUUCCAGGAAUUGUCGGAACAUCUUGGCAUCCGUUUGUUAAAUGAGCGGCUCACUGAUCCUUCAAUGCAGGAUUCUUAUGAUUCUAUUUUCCCAAAGGAUAAUCCCAAGAACACUCGUUUUGCCAUUAAUUUUUUCACAUCCAUUGGGCUUGGUGGCAUCACUGAGAACCUGCGUGAGUACUUGAAGCAUAUGCCACGACUCAUCAUGCAACAACAAAAGCAGUGUCAGACUCAGAAUCUGAGAGUUCAGGUUCAUCCGAUUCGGACUCUGAGUCUGAAUCAGAACCAUCAAGCUCUGAUGAAAGUGACAGUGAUAGUGACGGACGGCACAAGAAGCGUAGGAGUGAAAGUGAUAGGAAGGAAAGACACAAGAGGCGUAGGAGAGAUUAAGUUCUUUUACUGCCUUGGAAAUACAUAUCACGAUGUUCUCAAUGAAACACAAGAAUUUUUCGUUGAUUUUCCAAGUUAUGGGAGAAAAUGA